GUUGGCGAUAAACAAACAUGGCGGCUUCUUCGUUCCAGUCUAUGAGAAAUUUUUGGAAAGAAUUUUCUCUUCCAGAUCUUCAGAAAUCCUUAGACACAACUGCAGCAGAGCUAGCAGAUCGCCAAGAUGAAUCAGACACAUCGAGAAAAAAGCUCGUUGAGCUCAGUCGUGAUUUUAAAAAGAAUACUCCGGAGGAUACCAGGAAAAAGAUGGCACCACUCUUGAAGAGCUUUCAAGCUGAGGUUGUUAUUUUUUACUCUGAAUUCACUUUGCACAGUUCUCUUUCCCCAACAAGGUCUUCAGAAAUUGAAAUACUAGAGGCUGAUGUAGAAAGAGCAAAUCAGAGAGCAUUGAGUGCUGAGAGGCAAGUUGAAUCUCUGCGAGAAGAGCUUAUAGCAGCACAGAAUGCCCUACAGAAUUCAGGCAAUGAACAAAGGCCAAACAUGUCUGAGACCAUUGAUGCAAUUUCACGUUCAAGCUUGGAACAUGAGUUAGCAGCCAAGGAGAGACAGAUAUCUCAGUUAGUGAGUGAUGUGCAACAAUCACAAGUGAUACAGAACAGAUUAAAAGAAUCAACUGCAAAUGAGAUUGCCAGACUAGAAGACCAACUUGCUAGCAAGACAAAAGCCCUCCAACAAUUGGAGGAAAAACUUGAUGAACAGGGUAACUAUGAAGAGAUCAAGAGAGAACUGAACAUUUUGAAAUCAAUUGAGUUCUCAACAAGCGAGGAGAGCAGAGAUGCGGAAAAGAUGGACUCCACUCCGAAAUCUCUAGAGAUGCUUCUUCUUGAUAAGAAUAAAAGACUUCAGUCUGAAAACACAAGUUUAAAGGUUGAAAACGUCGAUUUGACAGGUCGUUAUUCUGAACUUCAUGUACAAUACAACGAAGCGGUGAACACAGUGAAGGAACAGAAGGAACUCAUUACUCAGCUAGAAACAGAUCUCCUGAGUGUGAACGCUCUUCCAUCAGCAUUCCGUGGACAGGGAGAGCAACUACGCCAUAACCAGCAACAGAUCAGUGUGUUGCAAAAUGAAGUGGACACCUUGAGGUCAGAUAACGUGAAGUUGUACGAGAAAAUCAAGUUCCUUCAAAGCUACCCAACGAAGAGCUCAGGGGGCCGAGAAGAAGAAGCAACAGUCAGCAGAUACUCAUCACAAUAUGAACAAAGAUUGGAUCCAUUUUCAGCCUUUAAUCAACGGGAGAAACAACAGCGAUACCUGGGGCUUAGUCCGCAUGAAAAAGUUACUCUUAACCUGGGUCGGUUUAUCAUGUCAAACAAAUUUGCCAGAACCUUCGUAUUUUUCUACACAUUGCUUGUACACUUAAUGAUAUUUCUG